GGCCGGGUCGCAGCCAGUCACGCAGCAGAGCGCGUAACCGCCGCCUCGGGCCAUUUCUCACACAAACUCCCACUACGUUACAUGUAUCCUGUCACGGUCAGCCACGUCGCGGAGGGCAGUGCGACCGAGCGAAGCGAGCGCCCACGUCCCCGCGCACUCUGGACUGGCGGUUUUUGUUCUGUAGCUAGCGGCUAGCGCUUGUGCCACAACCAGUUUAAAGCCCCGCGAGAGGGCGCGCAUUACCCCUCCUGGACGAAUGAGAUAGACCAACCCCCCACUCCCGCGCGCUCAUCCAUCCAUCCAUCCAUCCAUCCAUACACGCAGCGCACGAACAAGACAGAGUCACGGGCACGAAGUCACUCAUGGACGGCGGCGGCUCAGGCGCCGGGCGCAAGAAGCUGAAGCACAGGCUCGCUGCCAUCCUCUCGGUCUUCACCAGGCGGGCAGGUGACAGGAAGCGCCGCGGCGAGGAGGGGGCGGCGGCGCCGCCGCCGCCGCCGCCGCCGCUGGCAUUCCCCUCUUACUCCCGCCUCGGCGGCGCGGGCGGCAAGAAGGCGGCCGCGGGGAAGCACGAGCGCCGGCUCUCCCUGUCGGUGCCGCGCCCGCCGCCGCUGGUCAAUAUCACCAUCGACUGCGCCGGCCGCCGCUCCGUCGACGCGGCGGACCCGUCCCUCCUCGCGCCGCUCGACCUCGACGCCAGGAAGAUGGAGAGGCGGCUCACGGGGACGGGGCUGCCGUACGAGACCGGCGAGUGGGAGGGCCGCAAGUGCCCGCCCUCCACGCCUUUCGCCGCGGCUCCACCGCUGGCGCGAUGGAAGGAGCGGGCCAGCGUCUCGUCGCGGAGGCUCUCGACGCACUCGUCGCGCAGGCUGAUGAGCAGCUCGUCCUCCGACGACGAGUACGACGAGGACUCGAGGAACCUCUUCUCCUCCAGGAGCUUUUCCUCCGACUCGUCGGACUUCUACAACUGCCCGCGCAAGAACACCAGGGCGCGCGCCUCAGUGUCCGGCCCGUGCCGCGCGCCGCCGCCAUCCUCGCGCCGCGGCACGUCGCAGAGCUGCCGGUACAGCUUCGAGCUUCCGCGCGGCUCGACGGCUUCGGCGGCAACCGACGGCGGGUUCGCGGUGGUGAAGCGGUCGUCCGACCCCUACGAGGACUUCCGCAAAUCAAUGGAGGAGAUGAUCGCCGAGGGGGCGGCGUGCGGCGGCGGCGACGGCGACGGGGAGCUCAGCGCGGAGCGGCUGCUGGAGACCUACCUCGUGCUCAACUCGCCGCGGCAUUACCCCGCGAUCCUCGCGGCGUUCGCCGACGUGCGGGAGACGCUUUUCCCCUGAAUCCGUCGACCGAUCGGCCUGCACCGCCGCACCGGCGUGGCGGUGUGAUGUUCAUAGGACUAACUUCCAUGUCAAUGUCAGUAAGAUUAGUAGCACAAGAGUUGAGCGGUUGAGCCUGUGACUUCCUGUGUGUACUUUCAUGAAUGCAUCGUUUGUGUCAUUUCACCGCUGAUUCUCCUUUACCUGCUAACUUCUGCCUAAUUCAGACUCCGUAUGUAAAAAAAAAACAGACUCCGUCGUCUCUCUGUGUAAUGGUACUCUUCCUUGGUUCCUGAUAAUCACGUUUGAGCUUGUAUAGUACUUCUGUGCUAAUUACAAUGAAUGGCAGAGUUUGUUUCAUUGAAUUA